AUGGCGGAGUCAGCAGCGCAGAUUUCCCCGAGCGACGUGGACGCGCUGGAGCUCGAUAAGAUCUCCUUCCUAGGAGAGGGCGCCUUUGGCUACGUCGACCUCGUCGUCUACGACGGCCAGCAGUGCGCGCUCAAGAUCGGGCUGGCGAAGAAGGUCCUCCCCAGUUUCGAGAACGAGCGCGCGAUGAUGGAGCAAGUCGCGGGCGCUGGAGGAGCCCCGCGAGUCCUGGCCUUCUGCCCGGAACGCCCGGCUCUCGUCAUGACGUUCUGUGGCGCGACGGACCUUAUAGACAUCGUGCAGAAGCUGCUUUUCCGUGAGGAGCGGGAUCUCCUGACGAUCGCCCUCCAACUGACCCAAGCCGUCCGGGAGCUGCACCAGAAGGGCGUCGUCCACUGCGACUUGAAGCCCGAUAACGUCGUCGUGCAGAUGGACGACGAAGGACGACCUCAGACGGAAUGGUACUGCAGAUGCUACUACUCGGGAGACGAACUCAGCCUCAAGUGCGACAUGCCAGGGCUUGGCUCCACCAUCGCCUACCUGAUGGAGGCCAUGCACAAAAUCCCAAAGGAGCGUAGGGAGAUCCUAGCCAUGACCUCAGAGCCUGACCAUGACCAACGCCUUGGGACUGAGGGACUGAGCGCCCUUCUGCAGCGCCUUCUCUGA